GUAGAAGCCAUUCGUCGUAUGUUUUCCCUCUCGAGGUAUGUACGAGGCUUAGUGUGUGUCUGCUUUUAGGAUGGAUUGAUGAUGAGGAUGGAGUCAUCACGUCAGCCGGCAAGACACACUGUAGUAGCGUGUUAUGUGGGAUGUCUGGUGAUGUUAUGUUAUGUUAUGUGGUAUGAAACUGUGCCUAUAUAAACUCAGAGUCAGGCCCAUCGACGCAGCUUCUCCUGCUCUUUGCUCCCUCCGAUGGCCAAACCUAACAACCAACAACAACAACAACCAGCAUAAGACAUCUACCUCAUAAUAUCCCAGCUGCAUCAUCGACUUCGUUCAAUUCUAAUCCUACAUAAUCGUCUCAGAAACCAAUCUACAUAACCUAAAGCACUCUUCACUUAUUUACUUGAACACCUCUACCCUAGUCGGAAUGCCAAAGUCAAAGGCCUAUUCAAACCCACUACCCUCGAUGGCCGACGAACAGCGAUACGGCACAAAGUGUCACGAACUACGGGCAAAGAUACGAGAGAUCGAACGGGAAAAUCAAAACACGCAGCUGAAAAUCUUGCAAUCCAAGAAAAACGUUUCACGCUUAAGGAUCGAGCGAUCGGUGCUCUACGAAGCAUUGGCAACGAUCACCGCCAACGCGGCCAAAGCAGCUGAUUUGAAUGUCCCUCCUCAAGCUCAACCAUCUACUUCCAAUCCCCCACUAUCUACUUCAAAUCCGAACCCAACACCUUCCAUCCCAUCGCCCCACAACGGAUUUCAUCCUCAAAACCUCCCACCUCCUAAUAGGGGCUACAAUGAUCCAGCACCAAGCUCCAACAACAGUCAUGGACAAGUACCUAAUCGAAACUUCAGCAGAUCAACAGAACCAAUCCCAAUGAACGGGAUCACUGGAUUGCUGAAUUCGAGUAACAAUAGUAAUACUAAUAAUCUUCACCACGGACCACCCCCGCCGAUCCCUCACAGUCAAUAUCCUCAAAACUUGCCUCUUCCAACUCAGGCGCCAUCCCAUAAUCCUAGGAUGUCUGCCAACGCGCAUCAACUCGCGCCGAUCUCUGCCGACCCGACGGCGAGUGCCCGAUUCUCUACGGCCUCUGACAGUCCUACAGCGCCCAACAACCAUUUCCCGCAUCACCAACUCGGCGCUCGCUCGAUGUCCGUCUCUGCUCACCACCACCACAGCCGCUAUCCAUCACCACACCACCAUCACCACCACCAUCAUCACCGUCACCCCUCCGAGCAUGCCCACUCUAACCCAGCCUCGGCAGCUGUACUCCCAAGUCUACGGCCCCAUCCGCCCGUCUCUCAGCCGCUUUCAAACGGAAACGGCCCCGCUCUCCGUGUCGAGGGCCGGGCCGAGGGCGAAGGAGCUGACGAGGAGGAAGAUGCCGAGGAGGAGGAUGGGGAGGAGGAGGAAGAGGAGGAAGAUGAGGAGGAGGAAAUCGAAGGAAGCGCUAAGGACGGAUCAACAUCGAUCAGACAGGUCGAGGAUGAGAUGGAGAUCGACGCCGAAUGCGAGGAGGAAGAAUGAUGCUCGCUCUAAUUCUUCCCAUCCACUACCCCUCUCUCUCCCUCCUCCCCUUCCCUCUCUGCUCUUCUUCGCUUCCUUUUGAUACAUUAAAAAAAAAGAAAAAAGAAACACGUUUCAGUUAAUUUGUAGAACUCGUGUGUGUGUGAUGUUGUGAUCAUCUAUGGAAAAUUCUACGCGUUGUAUGGCUGAGUUUUUCUUCUCUCUUCUCUCUAGCUCUUUUCUUUCCUGUCUACUCUAUUCAUAUAUAAUCCAAAUACUCUUGUUUGUGGGUUUGUGGGUUUGUUUGUUUGUUUGUUUGUAAUCGAUUUAGUAAUGGAUAUAUCCUGGUUGUUGAUUGUUCUGAAGUGAUCAUUGUCGUCAUCAGUUAUCUCUAAAUAUUCAUUCUUGAUUCAAUUGCUCUCUCUGUCGCGCUGUUCUCUUCUUCUGUGUCUGCAUCUAUGUGUAUGUUGUAAGGAUACAUACACUUU